AUGCAAAAGAUGUUGAUUGCGAAAAGAUCGUUCUCCGGGACCGCCAAAGGAGCAAAAUCGGCUUGUUCACUGGUCAAACCGGUUCACCAUUUGGUGAAGAUUGAUAAAUCAAAGCUUUCCCCUCGGUUCCCAGAGCUAAAGUAUGCCAAGAACGAUAUAAGAUCCCCAGCCUUUAUGCCAGUGACGACACAUCAAGACAGAUCUCACGAGCACUACCUUAACACGGUACAGUCCGAUCUACUGUUAAUCAGUUACUCCCACAAUUUUGAAGGUCAGAAAGGGCUCAAGAACAGACCAUGGGAUGGUACGUCGCCGUACCAUAUCAACAGACAGCCUAGAAAACCUGUAAGCAGCAAGGCUCAACUUCCCGACAUUCAUCCGAUAAAGUGGCACAAUGUACCUAACAUCGAUAGCAUUGUGUUGAACUGCUAUGUCAACGAGGCUAAAGAAAACCCGCUGCACGCGAUUACUGCUGCCUUGCAACUUCAGCAGAUUACAGGGUGCAAACCAAAGCCGCUGUACUCGAAGACUGAUGUUCCAAGCUGGAAAGUGAGAAGAGGAAACCAGAUGGGGGCGAAAGUCGAGUUGAAGGGUCGUCCAAUGUCACAAUUCUUAUCUACUCUAACCGAAAUCGUCAUGCCAAGGAUAAGAGAGUAUAAGGGAAUCAGCAACAGAUCAGGAAAUGGAUUUGGAAGUAUAUCGUUUGGUCUAACGUCCGAAGACGUGAAGUUCUUCCCUGAAAUCGACUCUAAUCAAGAUCUGUGGCCCAAAACUUUCGGUAUGCAUAUUAAUAUCAACACGACAGCUCAAACCGAUACGCAAGCAAGGACACUCAUCAGUAGUUUUCAAAUUCCUUUCCAUGGAUUAGAAAAGGUUAAAACCUAG